UGAUCAGCUGUGUCCAAUCACAGCUGACCACAUGGCAGUGAUGAUCAGUGUAGCCCCAGCAGUGCCACCUGUCAGUGUCCACCAAUGCCAGCUGUCAGUGCCCAUCAGUGCCACCUGCCAGUGCCCAUCAGUGCCUCAUCAAUGCCACAUAUCAGGGCCUACUAGUGCACAUCAAUGCCACAUAUCAGUGCCCUUUCAGUAUCACCUAUCAGUGCCAGUCAGUGCCACCUAUCAGUGCUGCCAAUCAGUGCCGCCUAUCAGUGCCGCCUAUCAGUGUCAGUCAGUGCCGCCUAUUAGUGCCCGUCAGUACUGCCUAUCAGUGCCGCCUAACAGUGCCAAUCAGUGCCACCUAACAGUGCCAGUCAGUGCCGCCUUUCAGUGCCCAUAAAUGAUGCCUGUCAAUGCCCAUCAGUG